GACGUAUUGAUCCAUCCCAAACGUCCUCUGCUCGCUAUGUUCUCAUCGUGGACAGAAUCCUCCUCGCCGUGACUCCAACCUACCUGCAAAUGGCCAUUCGAACAGCGAAAGAACAGAAGAGAAAAACCCCGAGUCAACGUUAUAAGCGAGAUCUCCAAGAGCAAAGCAAAGCAGAGAAAUCGGAUAUACAGGGAAGAGAUAAUUAAAAAUUUCCUCUCGGAUCGGAAAAAGCAUGUCGCUGUUUCACCACCUACGAGUGAUCCCGUUCACUUUGAUCGCACGUCAUGUUCCCAGAAUCCUCCGCGCCGAGGAACGAGGUUUCGGCGAAUGGCUGACAGGAGGAAACGGUGUGAUUCGAGGGAAUCGCGCGGUUGUGUUCAAUCCUUCCACAGCUGGCGCACUGAUGGGUCUCAACAACCAGAAAAUGUAUUGCGACAGGAGGGAUUCCUCGGCAAAAAGAAACAAAUCAACAAUGACGGGAAUCAAUCUCGUCAACAAUCCCAAGCAAUUUAAGGGUUUAGCUCAUACUGAAAGCGAACGCGCAAGUCUCGGAAUCAAAGGAUUAUUACCAGCAGCUGUGAGGCCAGUCACUUUGCAAGUGGAAGCUGUUUUAAACAAUUUGAAAAGGUACGGGGACGAUCUCAGCUGUUAUCUUUUCCUCAGAGAACUACAGGACACAAAUGAACGUCUAUUUUAUCGCGUGUUAAAUGAGCAUACCGAAGAGCUGAUGCCCUAUGUAUACACACCUGUUGUUGGUCAAGCUUGUCAAGAAUACAGUAGAAUCUUCCGAAGGCCGCGAGGUCUUUUCAUCACAAUAAAUGAUUUGGGUCAUAUUCAUGAAAUUCUUGGAAAUUGGCCGGAAGAAAACGUAAAGGCGAUCGUCGUGACAGACGGAGAGAGAAUUCUGGGUCUGGGCGACCUUGGUGCAAACGGGAUGGGUAUUCCCGUCGGUAAGAUGGCCUUGUAUACUGCGCUGGCAGGUAUACCGCCCUCGGCCCUGCUUCCUGUCACGCUUGACGUCGGGACCAAUAACGAGGCUCUUCUUGCUGAUCCACUUUACAUUGGUUUGAAGCAGAAAAGAGUGAACGGUGAGAAAUAUGAUGAACUGAUUGAUGAGUUUAUGAAAGCGGUGGUUAAAAGAUAUGGGAGAUCAUGUUUAAUUCAAUUCGAAGAUUUUGGAAACCAAAAUGCCUUUCGGUUAUUGGAAAAAUACAAUGAUGACUACUGCACUUUUAAUGAUGAUAUUCAAGGUACGGCCUCAGUUGCUGUAGCUGGUAUCCUCUGCAGUGUAAAAAUCACAGGCACCAAAGUAUCUGAGCAUACUUUCUUAUUCUACGGGGCUGGAGAGGCAGCCUUAGGUAUAGCAGAUCUUUUAGUAAUGGAGAUGGAAGAAGAAGGUCUUUCCAAAGAGGAUGCGUCAGCAAGAAUUUGGAUGCUAGAUUCAAGAGGACUUGUAGUGAAAAGUCGAGAUGCUAAGUCUUUGAAUGGUCAUAAAGUAUUUUAUGCCAAGGAACACGCAGAAACAAAAGAUUUAGAGCAAUUGAUGGAGGAGAUAAAACCUUCUGUACUUAUAGGAGCUUCCGCGCAGCCGUCAGUGUUUACGCCAAAGGUUCUAAAAAUGAUGGCCAGUACAUGUGAUCGCCCCAUUGUGUUCGCACUUAGCAAUCCAACAGACAAAGCAGAAUGCACAGCAGAAGCAGCUUACACUCAUACUGAUGGCAAGUGCAUUUUCGCUAGCGGUAGUCCAUUUCCCGCCGUUACAUUCAAUGGCAAGACGUUUCAUCCAGGUCAGGGCAACAAUGCCUACAUCUUCCCCGGCGUUUCACUGGCCUUGAUCGCUUGUGGUGCUAAAUCGGUUGGAGAUCGGGUCUUUUUGAUUGCUGCAAAGGCACUUGCAGAGCUGGUAACAAAAGAAAACAUGGACGAAGGCAGAGUGUACCCACCACUGGACACCAUCAGGAGAGUGUCUAUGGUCAUUGCUGCUAAAGUGGCCCGCUUCUUAUUCCAGGAAGGCCUGGCUACGUAUAAGCCCGAGCCACCCGAUUUGGAGACAUUCCUGGCCACAAAGCAAUACAGCUACGAUUAUGAAGCUUAAAUUUCUAUUUGUUGUCAAAGAUUGUGCGUUUAUUAUUAUUGAUGUUGAAUGUAUGUAAAAGUAUGAAUAAAUAUAUCUAUGUUUAA